CUUACUCCAACGACUUGGCAUCCAACAUCAAUUUUCUCGCAAUGAUGAAAUGCAAUAUCGCGGGGUUCUCUUCGAGAUGCCGCUUGAAAAUGACUACUUAUUCACGCAUGGUAUUUCGUGUCAGAUAGUCAGCCUAAGCGUGUACGAUCGUUCAUCAUGGGCGCUUCAUAUAAUCGAAGUUAUGUCAAUUGCCCUCCCCUCGAUGGAUCUCUGUCCCUCCCUGAAUUGGUGGAAUUCAAUGCGCAAUAUAACUCGGACGUUACUUUCUUUGUCUAUGACAAACCUGACAGUAAUGAUCUGGUCUCUAUCUCACACUCAGACUUCCAUCGAGCUUGCCAUCGGGCCGCCCAGGCAAUUAGAAAAAGCGGCGCAGGCGCAGACAAAGAGGUGGUCGCCCUCAUCGGGAUCUCUGACACCCUUCUUUACCAGACAGUAUUUAUGGGUAUCAUCUUCGCUGGGCUAAUUCCAUUUGCCAUGUCCUUUCGCAAUUCGGCAGCGGCAGUCGCGAGCAUGAUGCAGAAGACAAGAUGUCGUCGUUUAAUCACCACUCAACACUCUCUUGCUUCUCUGAUCGACGGAAUCAAAGCGGGUUUUGCGUCUCGUGCUACUCAAAUGGGUCAGCUGCAGAUCGACGAGAUGCCGGCGGUGAAACACCUGUACCCCGCGCUCGUUAGUGGUACUCCAGACGAGGCCAUUGUCCCGUACUCUUCCCCAGGUUCGCCGUCGUCUGAGAACGAUGUAUUGUUCUACUUGCACUCCUCUGGCAGCACUGGUUUCCCCAAACCCAUUCCGAUAAGUAACCUGACUGCCAUCCACUGGUGCAUAACGCCAUGUGUUCUUGACCACAUCGACGUUGCCGCUCCCAUUCGCAUCGGUACUGCGUCCUUGCCAUCAUUCCAUACCCUUGGUAUAUAUCUUCAGCUGCUCGUCCCCAUCGCCACCCUGAGCAGUGUGUCUAUUUACCCGCCUACAUCUUUCCUCGAUCCCUUGGCGACUCCUGUAGUACCCAACUCGCAAAACAUCUUGAAAUCUGUACUCAAGACGAAAUCGGACGCUUUGGUAGUCGUGCCUGCCUUUCUGGAACAAUGGGCGUUUUCGCCGAGUGCUGUUGAUAUUCUGAAGACGCUCGAAUAUGUUGCUUAUGCUGGUGGUCCUCUCGCGCCCAAGAUGGGAAAUGCCCUGGUGAACGCAGGGGUCAAGCUUUCUUGUGCUUACGGCGCUACAGAAUUUGGUAUCCCCACUUAUUUCAUCCGAAAUUCAGUCGACCAAAAGCUUUGGGAAUGGGCCCCACAGGACGACGGCACAUAUGAAUGUCAAGUUUUGACAAACCCGACACAUCAAGUGUCAGUAGAGAAUCUUUCGGAUGUCAAGGGUUAUGCUACUUCGGAUGUAUUUGUCAAGCAUCCGACGAUAGAGGGUUUGUGGAAGAUCGUAGGAAGGAUCGAUGACGUUUUGGUACUCUCGUCUGGGGAGAAGACAGUACCAGCUCCCAUGGAAAGUAUCAUCUGCGCCAACCCCUACGUAAACGGCACCGUCAUCUUCGGCCGUGGUCGUAAUCAAGUUGGGAUCCUCAUAGAGCCACGAGUAGGGUGUGAAAUUGACGUUGAUGACGAAAAGCACCUUGCUGAGUUUAGGAACCGAGUGUGGCCAGAAAUAGAGGAAGCGAAUAACGAGGCUCCUGCGUUCAGCAGGAUAUUUAAAGAGAUGAUUCUUGUGACACACAGUGAGAAGCCCAUGCUUCGAGCCGGAAAAGGGACCGUUACCAAGAAAGCAACCGUCAACCUAUAUGAGGAGGAGAUCAAUGCCCUAUAUGAGAAAGUGGAGGGCAGCGCUAGGGCAGGUAUCGAUGUACCUUUGCCUAUAAGCUGGACUGCAGAAGACGUCGAGGGAUGGCUCACGGUCCACGCUACUGCUGUGAACGCCGACAAGGCAGUCGAUCCUGAUACAGACCUUUUUGCUCAAGGCUUUGACAGUCUCUCUGCGACAUUCCUUAAAAACCGCAUUAUCGGCUCUCUCAGCUCAUCUUCAGAUCGCGACGUUCAGGCAUCAGUAUUGCGGAUUGACCAGAACAUCAUAUUUUCAAGUCCUUCGAUUCGCCGGCUCGCGAGAAGCGUCAUUAAUGCAGUAUUGCAGCAGAAUGGUACAGGUACCGUCGACGCCAAGGCUGAUAUCGAGAACAUGAUCGAGAGGUAUUCAGUUGGAUUAGGGAACUCUGUCGCCGAGGCCAAUACCACUCUAGUUAAUGGGUGCAGCCAAAGCGAUCAUGUGGUUGCCCUGACCGGGUCUACAGGUGGUCUUGGCUCAUACCUGCUUGCAGAUCUACUCCGGCGCGAGGAUGUGUCUGUGGUAUAUGUCUUCAAUCGCCCAUCAAAGGGGGCAUUCAUACAACAACGACAGGAAAAUUCGUUCAAAGAUCGCGGUUUAGAUUUCACCCUGCUUCAGUCAGACAAACUAGUGUAUGUAGAGACUGAUACAUCCAAUGAUCGCCUAGGUCUAGAUAAGGAGUUAUAUCAGAAGAUCUGCACGUCUGUCACCGUCAUCAUUCACAACGCUUGGCGACUCGACUUUAACCUGGCGCUCUCGUCAUUCGACCCUCAUGUGCGCGGAAUGCGGAAUCUGAUAGACUUGGCACUGUCUUCUCCGCGUCAUCCAAAGCCGCGUUUCAUGUUCACAUCUUCCAUCUCAUCUGCUCAAGGUUGGGAUAAAGCGAAAGGACCAUUCCCUGAAGAAAUACAAUACGACGCAGGCGUCGCAGCAGGUCCCGGCUAUGGCGCGAGCAAAUAUGUUUCGGAAAGGGUUCUCGUCAACAGCAAGUUGCCGGGAUCAUCAUUCAGAAUGGGACAAAUAUCAGGAGGGCCCCCACGAGGAGCUUGGUCCACGACAAACUGGCUACCGAUCAUCAUCGAAUCAAGUGUAAGUCUGGGCGCGCUUCCGGAAGCUAAAGGAUUUGUGUCUUGGAUCCCUCCCCACGCCAUAUCAAAUGCUAUUCUUGAUGUAGCUUUCACGAAAGAAGAACCUCCCAUCGCGGUGAAUUUGGUGCAUCCGCGACCGAUCGCGUGGAGGACGUUGAUGCAGCCCGUCGCAGAUGCCUUGGUUGAGCGUAAAGUGACAAGUUACCCACUACCUCUCGUGUCAUUCUCGGAGUGGCUCGAGAAACUUGAAUCGAGUGCGAAGGACUUGAGCGAAGAGACCAUGAAACGCAUCCCUGCUAUCAAGCUUCUUAACUUCAUGCGUUUCAUGGCUCGAUCAGACAUCACGAUCAGGGUGUCUGGAGAGAUGGGCUCCGAAGCGGGUGGCGUGGCUUCAUUCGCCACCACUGUAGCUGAACGUGUCAGUCCAACGAUGAAGGAGCUGGAGUCGCUGUCUUCGGCAGACGCGGCACAGUGGGUGGAUUAUUGGGUAGCAAUGGGGAUGUUUCAAUGA